AUGACCGGUAAACCAGUUUACAAACCCGAAGAGAUCCGCUUCGCAUUGGACCUUAUGGUUCAGGACCUGUUCAACGAAGAAAUCUCUCUGGCUUUUCGACAACGCUUCGACCGAGAGUUGACUGACAACCAGAUUCGAUAUUUGAGGAACAAGUAUGGAAAGGACCCAGACUAUGGAUCCCCCCUCAUCAAUCGGCCAGCAAACAAGAAGGUCAAACGAAGACGAGCUGCUAUUGCAGCGGCAUCUGUAACAUGUCCUACAUCAGAGGGCUCACCCGGUCCUUCGAAGCGAACAUGCAGAGAGCCAUCCUCUUCAUCAGCUGGACUUUCCCUCUCCCCCCCAGAUCAACGAACAGGACUAUCACAGAUACCACCACUCCAGCUGGAGGAUGACCAGUCUACACUCUUCUCUGCUGCUCCUCAACUUCAGAUACCAAUAUCCCUAUCUCAGUUUGCCAAUAUUUGCUCCCCACCCAGGAACUCUUACACUAUGCCCUCGACUCAAGAUGCAUUCGCUCCUGGGCCUUCAAGCAAUCGCUGGCAAACACAGCCAAACACAACCUUCACUACUGAUUUCACACCUAUCAACACCCAGUUCGGCCAUUACAAUGUCAACACUCAAGGCCGAGGAACUUCGCCAGCUACCAACACGACACUGAGCCCGAGAUCUCUACAACUUCCCCAAGCCCAACCCAUCCACAACGCCAGUUCUACACAACAGCCAGCAUUCAACUCCUUUCUGAAUAUAAGGUUCCCAGUCACUUCUCCCCAGCAAACCGCGCCCCCUCCUGCAGCGUUCCUUACCGAGUCGAAGCAAGAAGUUGUCAAGGAGGAGGAAGAUUCAGCUCAGUUCAGCUGGGAGGAAUACGUAAGAGCAGCUCACCCAGCGGCUGACCCAGCUUCCUCAAACCAGUUGCUAACUCGACACGUUGAAGUUUUAAAUGAGCAACUUCAGCUGUGCCCCCCUGAUGCUGUCAAGGACGAGCACGAAGGGAUUGCACAGAGCUCAUCGGAAGUUGGUCCUGGGGUCAAGCAAGACACCGAAUCGGGUCUGGAUCCAACUACGAUUGACCCACGACUGUUUUCCGCCAAUUAUGAUGAAGAAUUGUUUACAAAGAAGCUUUCUUUCUAA